GUCUCUCUGUUGUUAUUUACCUUGAUGAGGUUCUUACUCAGGAAUCAAGUGGUACUGUUGGUCUUGUAGUAAUCCCAGAUGAAAGAAGAUUCACUAAUGAUGCACUUCUUCGAGCUAAAAA